AUGGCGGGAAAACUGGCAAAAGCAGCUCAUGAUGCAAAGAUGUUGAAGCUUCUGAGAGAGUACAGUCAAGUGCUGGUGAUUUCUUCGGACAAUGUGGGUUCCAACCAGCUUCAGGGCAUAAGGAGGGGACUCCAUGCCGAUUCAGUGGUGGUGAUGGGAAAGAACUCCAUGAUGAAACGUUCUAUCAUCUUGGAUGCUGAGAAGACUGGCAACAAGUCCUUCCUUAACCUUGUCCCCCUUCUUGUGGGAAAUGUGGCAUUAAUUUUCACCAAAGGUGACUUGAGAGAGGUUAGCGAACAGAUUGCCAAGCACAAGGUUGUUCAACCUAUUCUAAUGUGCCCCAAGUAUACGUCAUAUGACACAUAUCACAAUUGUUCCUAUAUGCAAUCCGGACAGAUACCUUUGGGCCUCACGUGUUGUAAUCCGCAGUCUUUGCAGGUUUCUGAGCCUUUUCUUGUAUGCUCAAAAUUCUUGCCACACCAACAUUGUUUCUUGAUGAGAUCAAGACAGUUCUUGAUGACGAGUAUAUGGUCUCCUCUUCUUCUUUUGGCUGGCAACUUGUGA